AUGUGGUCCGGAGGCGGUGGGAAGGCGCGGGGCUGGGAGGCCGCAGCGGGAGGGAGGAGCAGCCCCAGCAGGCUCAGCCGCCGCCGAAUCAUGUCGAUGAGUCCAAAGCACACGACUCCGUUCUCAGUGUCUGACAUCUUGAGUCCCCUGGAGGAAAGCUACAAGAAAGUGGGCAUGGAGGGCGGCGGCCUCGGGGCUCCGCUGGCGGCUUACAGGCAGGGCCAGGCGGCACCACCGGCCGCGGCCAUGCAGCAGCACGCCGUGGGGCACCACGGCGCCGUCACCGCCGCCUACCACAUGACGGCGGCGGGGGUGCCCCAGCUCUCGCACUCCGCCGUGGGGGGCUACUGCAACGGCAACCUGGGCAACAUGAGCGAGCUGCCGCCGUACCAGGACACCAUGCGGAACAGCGCCUCGGGCCCGGGAUGGUACGGCGCCAACCCAGACCCGCGCUUCCCCGCGAUCUCCCGCUUCAUGGGCCCGGCGAGCGGCAUGAACAUGAGCGGCAUGGGCGGCCUGGGCUCGCUGGGGGACGUGAGCAAGAACAUGGCCCCGCUGCCAAGCGCACCGCGCCGGAAGCGCCGGGUGCUCUUCUCCCAGGCGCAGGUGUACGAGCUGGAGCGACGCUUCAAGCAACAGAAGUACCUGUCGGCGCCCGAGCGCGAGCACCUGGCCAGCAUGAUCCACCUUACACCCACGCAGGUCAAGAUCUGGUUCCAGAACCACCGCUACAAGAUGAAGCGCCAAGCCAAGGACAAGGCGGCACAGCAGCAACUGCAGCAGGACAGCGGCGGCGGCGGCGGCGGCGGCGGAGGGGGCUCCGGGUGCCCGCAGCAGCAGUCGCCGCGCCGCGUGGCCGUGCCGGUCCUGGUGAAAGACGGCAAGCCCUGCCAGGCGGGCGCUCCCGCGCCGGGCGGCGCCAGCCUCCAAGGCCACGCGCAGCAGCAGGCGCAGCAGCAGGCGCAGGCCGCGCAGGCGGCGGCGGCGGCGAUCUCAGUGGGCAGCGGGGGCCCGGGUCUGGGUGCACACCCGGGCCACCAGCCGGGCAGCGCGGGCCAGUCUCCGGACCUGGCGCAUCACGCCGCCAGCCCCGCGGCGCUGCAGGGCCAGGUCUCUAGCCUGUCCCACCUGAACUCCGCGGGCUCGGACUACGGCACCAUGUCCUGUUCCACUUUGCUAUACGGUCGGACCUGGUGA